AGAAGCAAGGAAGAAAUGGAUUAUUUGAGUGACUGUUAUUGGACACGUUCUGGAUUGAAAUGUCUUUUUGCUUCCUGUAGGGUCAUCCGCUUCGUGGUUCGCCAUGUGAAGUACUUCCUUGGUCUGCGCUUUCAGGUCAGCGGUUGGGAACAUCUCCAGACAGAUGGACCAUACGUCAUCAUCUCCAACCACCAGUCAUCACUCGAUGUGCUAGGUAUGAUGGAGAUCCUGCCGGACCGCUGCACGAUGAUCGCUAAGAAGGAGCUGGUUUGGGCCGGGACAGUGGGCAUGGUUUGCUGGCUGGGAGGAAUCGUCUUCAUUAACCGCCAAAAGACCAGGGACGCCAAGAACGUCAUGAGCGAUGCCGCUAAAACCAUGUUGGCCGAUCAGAUCCGAUUGUGGGUGUUUCCAGAAGGCACACGGAAUCAGAACGGCGGGCUUUUGCCUUUCAAAAAGGGAGCGUUUCACCUGGCCAUUCAAGCACAGGUUCCCAUCAUACCCAUCGUCUUCUCUUCCUACAGCAACUUCUACCUACGGAAAGAGAAAGAGUUCAAAUCAGGAACCAUUACUCUGAAAGUCCUACCAAAGAUCGAGACAAAGGGACUGACGGCAGAUGAUGUGACGACGCUCUCCGAGAAAUCCUUCAGUGUCAUGCAUUCGGCCUUCAUGGAGAUCUCCAGCCAAACCACGCAGAGCAAUGGGCCCGUCUUCCCACUGAGCGCUCCGACAACAAGGAUGGCUCGAGACCACGUCGUUGGUAAUCAUGCCAACCAGGCGCUUUAGUGUCCUCCCCGCGGUCCUCAUGAAGCAGGAACACAUGUCCAUACAGACAGACACAUGCAUUCACCUUGAAUACAGUACAUACAGCAGAUGUUAAUUUAGCCUAUUUUUGAUCUUCCAUUGGACUCCAGGGGGCGCUAAGAGGCAGAACGGCGGGUUUUUCUGGCGUGCCGCUUUAACUGCGUCCUCUUUGAUGUUGGUUCGGACUGCUUUCGUUCAGCGACGGGUUGCGUUUUGCAGCGACGCCCUGAGAACAUCGUAGAUGUGCAUUCGACAUGCAUGCCUUUUUCUCUGUUUCUCUUCCUUCCUUUUGAUCUACCAAGACUCAUUUGUGUAGAUCGCCUUUUCCUCAAAGUACUUUGCUUGCAUUUUGGACAGCCAUCUGUAUGCGUUUUUCUUCUGUCAUUGUUUGCUUUUGUAUUCAAGUCUUAUGCAAGAGUAUUUUUCUUUAAAGACUUCCCUUUACUGUUUUAUAUAACUUUCAUUUAUUGACCAAAAAGAUUGAUUUGGAAAUGUCCUAUACAUUCCAGAGUAAAGCUUUUUGUGUCAUCACAAUUAAGGAUUCAGAAAAGGCAAACAGAUUUUGCGCUGCUGACUAUUAGCUCUGUUUCCUGUUUGCCAUUUAAAGGUUUAGUUUGUAACAAAUAUCUCUAUUGUCACCGUUAUCAAGUGUGGCUUAUUCCUG